AUGAUCGUGUUCAAAGGAUUUCAAGCUCUUGAUGUCUUUGGCCCCUUGAGCACGCUGAAUGUGCUCUCUCGAACGCACAAGAUGGAAUUAGCCAUCAUUGCCGAAUCCACGAAACCGGUUUCGACGCACCCUGAGCCAAACCCCGGGUUCCUGUCGGCGUCUUUUGGACAAGAAAUCGUUCCGACGCACACGUUCGAAAACGCCCCCGAGAUUGAAGUUCUGCUUGUUCCUGGAGGCUUUGGAACUCAGAAUAAAGAUGUCAUGGCUCCGGUUGAAGCAUACAUCGGCACCGUUUUUCCAAAGGUGAAGUACGUCAUCACCAUAUGUACGGGCUCUGCUGUUCUGGCAGGUCUGGGACUCCUGGACCAUCGGCGCGCGACUACGAACAAGUGUACGUGGGACGCGAAUGUGAAGCUCGGGCCGAGUGUAGAGUGGGUUAGGAAAGCUCGCUGGGUGGUGGAUGAGACUGCGGGUGUCACGCCGGUGUGGAGUUCGUCGGGUGUCUCGGCGGGGAUCGAUGUGACGUUUGCAUUCGUUGAGAAGCUAUACGGAGGAGAUACGGCUGAGCGUGUUGCAAAUGUGAUGGAGUAUGACAGACAUUUGGAUGACAGGUGGGAUCCAUUCGCGGAUAUAUGGGAGACAAAGGUGUAA